AGCGGGAGCAGCAGCAGCGGGAGCUGCAGCGGCUGCACAGCAGCGGGAGCAGCAGCGGCUGCAGCAUCGGGAGCAUCAGGAGCCGCGGCCAGCGGGGCCAGAGGCGGAGCAGCCCGGCGGCCGGGGGGUGCCUGGCCCUCGCUCCGGCGCCCACCAUGGGGCCCAAAAGUACCAGACUUCUGUUAGUGCUUCUUUGUGGUAUCAGAGAUGUUAUUAGCGAAGAAAAGGAAGUCGUUGGCAUAAUAGGAAGCAGCGUUGAACUAAGCUGCAUUAAUCCUUCCCUGGAGCAGUUUGAUUUGAAAACCCUAUGGGUUUACUGGCAAACAGCAAGUCCAACUACCGUACUAAGAAUGUAUUCUCCUGGUGAGAAUUCCAGCACUUUUGAGGAUCCUGGAUAUAAAAAUAGGACACUGCUAAAUAUAGAAAAUAUGAAAACAGGGGAUUUUUCUCUUGUUUUGUCCAACAUCAGUCUGCAAGAUGAACGGAAAUUUGACUGCAUAGCGGGAAAGAAAGAGAAAGUAUUCAAGAAAUUUUUCAGCACCACAGUCAGACUCGUAGUGGCAGCUAAUUCCAGCACACCGAUAAUAAGCGGGCCUACUGGUACAACUGUCAGAGAAGAAGUAAUCUUCGUCUGCAAUGCUAGUGAUGUUUAUCCAGAGCCAAAUGUCUACUGGAUAAUUGGACAAGAUGUCCUCCUCGAUCCAGCUGCCCAAAAUCAUAACAUCUCCAAGAAUGAGAGAGGCCUGUACGAUGUCUUCAGCACAGUGAGGAUCACGUGGACUUCUAACAUGAGAAUAGGAUGCUCUAUAGAAAACCAGAGACUAAAGCAAAACCUAACAACUUUCAUAAAACCAGAAGAUCCUAACAAGCUGCCAUCUAUCGCCUCUACAAAUCCCACCAACUCACCUGCGCUGCCGGUAACAAGAAGUGUUACCACUCUUGGGGUCUUGGGCAUUUUGGCUGUGAUGGUGGGUGUCGUGACUGGCAUCUGGCUGUGUAGAAAGAAAUAUCACCAUCCAUUUUAUUCAGGUGGACAGCGAAAAGGAGAGGUGACAGAGCAUGUACAUUAUGCUGAUCACGUUUGAAGGGAAGCCUUCAAAACCGAAGAUGGAGCUGCUGGUGAAAUGGUGGGGCAGCUCGGAGCAGUGGCUGUUUGUGAUGCAGUCUUCCUUCUGCGUAGAGAAGGGUCAAUGGUUCCCACCGUCUUUGACUGGAAGAAGGAAAUUCACGCUGUCUUUGCCUUUCCACCUGCCAAAAUCAUUAGACUUAGAAUUAGGGGCCUUGAAACAAAUUCUCUGAGGCUGGAGCACUGUCAGAAUCUCAGCCCGUUCCCUUGGCCAAAAGUGUAAUCCUGUUUCCCAGCAAAAAAGGGCAAAGGAUUCAGACAUCGAGUGCUAUCGGCAGCAGGAGAAUCUAAGAACUCUGUAUCUAGCCGCCUUCUCUUCUUGACAGCAGGACAUGUAGCAUCCUGGCUGAUACAGAGGCAGCAUACAAACAGGCCUUCAUUUUUGUUGACACUGGUCCCCCCACACCAUUCCCCAUGUGCAUUCUUUCCUGUUGAGGAAACUGGACAGACCAGAUGUGAGACUGUUCCAGUAAUAUCCCUAGUUAACAAUUUGGAAUUAGACCUUUUGGAAGGUUUGCGUUUCUAGAGCCAAAAGGAAUGGGACAAAAGCUAGGUCAGAAAAAGGCAAUAGCUCCAUAAUCAGUGGGGUAUCCCUCUGACUUUUCCAUCCGGAAGUAGGUCUUUCCUUGCCUGCCCAAACUAUGUGCACUAAGGGAGGCUUCCUGGGGGCUGUGAAAUGGUAGUGAGGAGGUAGGAGCAGAAAAAGAAGAUUGUUGCUGGGGCCUGGAACCACUGCCAGAAGAUGAGGAGCCUUGAGAAACCUUACCCUGGUGUGGGCAAAAUCUCAACAGCAGCAUCUGGAACCUCAGGUCAGGAUUCCCCCUCCAGAAGCUAGAAGAUGGAGCAAGUUCCUUGGACCCAGAGGGAACUCACCCUGGGCAGCAGCCCCUAAAACUCAAAAAGGGGAGAGGGGGACGUCUGAACGGUGAAGAAGACCGAGAGUGUGGAAAAAGAGCAAGACCCAGGACCGUGGAAGGGAGACAAUCCAGGAAGGAAUGUUAUCAUUGGAGACAGGAUUGAAUUCUACAUUCAAAGCACAGAACUUUUCAAAAAUAGUGUGAUUUGUGUAUUUAUGUGUGGAUUUGAACAUGAUUCUGACAAUAGGGCCAGCUGGAGUGGAAUGGUAUGGGACAUUAGACUUCAUUGAAAUGUAUUGUCUUAUGAGAACUUUGGAGAAGAACUGAGAAAAACUGUUUCCUGUUUUGCUUUGGAAAAAAAAAUCCCCCCCCCCGAAAGACCAAUCUGUAGAUGUUUUUCAGUGGGGGACUAAAACAGCAACUGGAUUGUAAAAUAUUUUCCCUUUGAACACACAAUUAAGUUCCUUAAGGCUAUCUGGCACUAAGCCUUGGAAAAUAAUCUUGUCCCAGAAGAACUUGGAGAAAAUUGUGACAGGAAAAGAGGGACAUCAGUAAAGAGUCUGGGAUUUGCCAAAGGGAAUGAGCCAGAUUUUUUUUUUCUUUUUAGAAAAUAUAUUGACAUCAGUGUCAGUGCUGCCAACAGAGCUAAUAUAUAACAAAUGAUAGAUGCCUUGCCUGCCCUGCCCAUAAUGCUAUGAAUCCAGUGUGAUCAGUCAGUGAAAGUAGCAGUAAUACAGGUUAGUUGGACGCAGCUUAAGCCGCUUACAUUUUUAAAGGGGGAAAUAAGCUUUUUCCAAUCCACUUGGUCAUUUGUGUUUUGAGGUCCCAUUUUGGAAUCCAAGUGAAAUUGGGAACAGUGUCUGCUGCCUUGAGUUCCUCCUCGAAUGAGGAAGUCUUCAUUUAUGGUUUGCUUCAUUGCACACUGCUCCAUUUGAAAAAUAAAUAUGGACGAGAGCAUGUCCAUUAAUACACUGGAUUCGAAGAGCCAAGGGAAUGCUCAUUCAACUUACAUUAGUUUGCCUCAAAAUAAACACCACACCCCGACACUGAAGAUAAGUUUUUAAAGGUUAAAUUUAAGUUGAAGCUGGACUAACUACCUCAGGAGAGAGAGAGAUCACCCUAUAGAAUGGUGUCUCGAUCCCUAGUAAAAAUGAAGGCAUUCAAAAGAAGAGAGGAAGACUCUUGAUUCCGGGAUUCUUAGUUGUUUUAUAGCAUUAGCCACCGAGGCCUGGUUUUAUUCCUUUUAACGUGAAGAUGAUUUCUUUUGUUUCUUUUAAUUUGGGAAGUGGAUAGAGAUCAGCAUUCUCAGUGUAUGCGGCAUUAUAAGCUUUACCACCUUAAACUGCUGACCCAGCUAAGUCGACAAGUCUCAUUAAUGCACUCUGAAGCAAUUGUAAAGCCCAGGAGCUGACCUAGCCUUCUGUUCUCUGGCUUCUUACAGAACACGCCCUCUCCAAAUAUGUUUCAUGUGCAAGAUCUUGGCAUGCAGGUCUGUGAAAAAGAGUUAGCAGCAGAGAGCAUGUUAGAUUUGUCAGCUUGUAGUUCUGAGCUCCAAACUUUGCAGUUAGGUACUAUAUCCUUCUGUGUAGCUCUCGGUUCAUCGGUCUUUGUUAUAAUCCCUGGUAGAGCCAGAGUUACUAUGUAAGUAGCAGACCCAGAUGAAUGUCAAACUGUUUACCAUUUUGACUCCCGUGUCUUUCUCAAUGGUAAUUCAUACCUGACCCUGAACCACAUCCACGAUGAAUUCAGCGAUGUUUCGACACAGUCGUUAAUGGUCUGAUUCAGACACUUGUUGUUCCUUCUAUAGAAGGCUAUUGUAUUUUUAUGAUUGUAAAACCUGUACGUGUGAUCAUUUUUUCUGGUAUAAAAGUUUUAUAUGGAUUGGGA